AUGGGAGACCAGAAGCAGGUCGUUAUUAGGUAUGGGCCUUACAAGGACUGCGGAGCGGAGUUCUGCGGCGUGGGGCACUCCUCGAAGCGCUUGGAGCGGACGCAAGGGGAACUGGAAAAGCUGGGUUACUCUGUGAUGCUGGAAAAGAUCCAGACUGAGAAUGUUGUUCAAAUCUGGAUUGGCGACAAGAAGGUGUAUCAGGUCGACCACAUCAAAGACAUCAAGCACGACGGAAGCGGCGAAGAGCAUGACAACAUAAUGGAAGUGUGUCAAGAGUACCUUGACUAA